AAAAAUAGAAAUGAUUGCGAUUAGCGAUCAUAAUUUCGGGUGGCGAUUAAAGUGCCUGCUGCUCGCAUUUCACCUGAUCAGUACCUGGGAUUCCACAUCAGCAUUGACCGUCGACAAUCAAUUGGUCUCGGCACGCAAUGACUGCUUCGAACGGAUCGCAUUGGAGGCGAUGCUGCCAUUUGAGAAGACCUUCCGCACCGAAGACACCAACUCGCUGAAGAUGUGCAAGGAGAAGUGCCUCCAGGCGGGGGAGAAGUGUCAGGCCAUCUCGUUCGGUGUUCAUCGACGCGGAAACGGCACAUGUCAAUUGUCAUCGGAGCAGUACGGCUCGGGGGGCGGCGGGCGGCCGGGGGGCGUGAUUUUCGAUCCCGACUUUGAUCUGUACACGCGCAAGACAAACUGCUUCGACUUGAGCGACAAUUCGAUUGGCCCCGGACCCCUGCCCAUCCCGGGUCCCAGUCCCAUCUCGCCUGGGCCGACACCGGUGGAUCUGCCCAAUCGCCCUCUGGACGUGGGCAAUACCCCGGUGUUGGUGGUCAACCCAACACCCCACACGGAUGGGCCACGUCCGCCGCCCUCCCUCGGGCCACCCACGCCCUCGCUGGGGCCGCCCGCUGGUGUGGGCGAUCGCCUGUACUUCUCGCACGAUCUGUAUCCGCUUUACAAGUAUCCCACCCUGUACGAGCCCAACUAUCCGGCUCCGAACGAAGAGGUCUACAUACCAGGUGGCUAUGCGUCCAAUGUCCCGGAAGUGGACGAACGCUAUCGACCCCAGUAUGGCCCGUCGGAGGAUGAGGGGCCACGACCCACGCCGCAUGGUCCUCCUAGGCCAAUAUUUGGGUUGGGCUAUGGCAAUGGUUAUAGCUAUGGUGCUCCGGAGAGAUAUACUCCUCCAACAUUAAGGCCACCCAGUGGGUCUUCCGAGGAAAGGCCCAGUUAUGCGGCCAGGCCACCUCGACCCACCGCCGAUCGUCCUGAUUAUCCGCCAGGGCCACCGCCACGUCCCUAUGAAAGCUCCACACCAUCCACCUACGGACCACGCCCAAGUCCCACCUAUGAUCCGCAUCGUGAACCACGACCGGACUACACCAAUCGUCCGGAUCCACCACCGCAAGCGCCCCACGAUGGGUACGGCAUGAACGGACCGUCAGCACGCCCUCCACCACCCUAUGGAGGUUCUCCGCCUCCACCAAGGGACGAGUACGUCCGCCGGAAUGGAAGUGCCAUGCGUCCCGGAGACGGAUACGGAGGCUAUGAUGAUGACAAGAGCAUAGCCACCUAUUUUAACCCUGAUGAUUUUAUGCAAGGAGGCAAUAGACGUCCCAUGUCUGGGGACAGGGACCGGGAUCGGGAUCGCCUUGGUUACCCCAUGGACGAACUGAAAGCCUGUUUCCGGCGAGUCCUGGCCGGAAAGCGAAUAGCACCGCACUGGGUGCGUCGCUCCAUUUCCUGUGAACGAGUAGAGGAGUGCAUGCGGGAGUGCGGCCGGGAGAGGCGCUUCAUGUGUGAAGGUUUUAACUACCGGCUGGAUCCUUCAGGUCAUGGGCAGGGCGACUGCGAACUGGUGGAGAUGCCGCUGGCCCAGAUGGACCUCUACUCCAGUCCGGAUCGUCGGGAUGCCAACCUGCUCCGUCAUCCGGAUUAUGACUACUAUGAAAGGGAUCGUAAUGCACCCUCUACCUGCAGACGAAAUGCUUGCCAGGAUUGCUCCAAAGGACCAAUAAGCAGUCAGCCAGUGUAUUUCAAGCCCAGUGGAGGUGGAGGUUAUGGAGACAGGGACAGGGAUCGUGAUCGUGAUCAGUAUAGACCACCGAUCAGUACUGCAGUGGAUCAUUAUCGUGGUCCUUCGGGUCCUUCAAGCGGCUCGUAUGAACACCGACCUCCCUUCUCAGCGGAAUUCCAUGGAUCACACAGCUCCUCUUCCUCCUCAUCAUCCUAUGAGUUCUCCUCGCAUGGCUCUGGUGCCAGUUCGGGUUCCAGUUCCGGCUAUUUUGGUCACACCCCGCCCAGCAGUUUUGGCGGAGAUCAUCCCUAUAUAGAUCGACACGAUCCGCCGCACUAUCGGCCCGGAAGACCCGAUCGUUGGGAGACUCUACCUAGUAGCUCUGGUUACGACAGCUCCGCUUAUAGGCCACCACGUCCAGAAACGGAUCGCAUUGACAAGUACCGACCUCCGUUCAGGCCGGGACCUGACUUCUCGCCCUACCGCCCACCAAGUCGACCAUCGCACAAUUAUCUGGACCGCGACGGAGCAGGUCCGCCGGGAGCACCGGGUCCGUACAAGAAGCCUAAUAAGUUUGUUCCAUAUUUGAUCGGUGGCGAGGAUAAUUGGGGUCAUUACGGUGGAAGCUACGGCGGCAGCAGCAAGCACUCCUCCUCAUCGUCCUCCUCUUAUUGGGGACUAAGUGAGUCGCAGCGUCGCAAGGACCAGCAGGACUUUAAUUACUUCCAGCUUGGAGGCCCCCAUCGUGAUUCCAAUUCUGUGCUUAGCUAUCCGGGAUCUGGCUAUGAAGAUGAUUACCCAAGACGCCGCAACGACUAUCGUCAGCAGUGGACUAGGAGACCAGGACCAGAUGAAUGCUCGGCAAAGACCAGCGAGGGCUUCCGUUUACACAAAACUGCCGUAAAACAUGCCUACAAUGUGCCCACGUUGACGGAAUGUGAACGCCUCUGCUCGGAUCAGCGUCCCAGCUUUAUUUGCCACACCUUUAGUUACCGAUACAACCAGGCAGGACGGGACAACUGCAUGCUCUGUGACCGACCAAUCAACAUGCUGGACUACUACGUGGACAUCGAGCCGGAUCGCGACUAUGACAUCUACUCCAUGGCGGAUGACAUGGAUGUGUGCCGGCAGCCACCACGUCGUCAUGAUACGGGACCUACCACCGCUCUUUCGGAUCCCAGAAAUGCACAAUGCUUCUUCCGUGCCAUCGAUGCCACACGGUUCUUCAAGUCCAUUGUUCGUGAUUCGCUAACCGUGCGAUCCGUCGGAGAAUGCGAGAUGGAGUGCAUCCGGUCAACGAAGUUCACCUGCCGAGCCUUCGCCUUCCGGUAUGGCCAACAGAGGCAUGCUGGAGUGAUCGACAAUUGCCAGCUGAGCGAUUGGCCAGUGCGGGACAUGGACAAGGAGCGUCAUCUCAUCCUGGAUGCCGCCUUUGAUAUAUUUGAGAGAGCCAGCUAUGGCCAUGGCUGUGAAAUCCAGCCCAUUGUAGAUGAAAAGCACAAGAAACUUUGCUAUUUGGGCUAUGGAUCACCCGCUAGAUUACUUCCUCCGGCCAUCAAGAAGGUUAUAUCUGUGCCCUCGGAAAUGGCCUGCAAGAAGGAGUGUAUUCGUUUCCGGGAUACGACUCCCUUCAAAUGUUUUGCUUUUAGUUAUGGCUCCCGUGCCAGUUCCUUUAAUUGCGAGCUCUCAGAUCUGGAUCAGACAGAACUUAAACUGGAUGUCCACUAUACACACACCAAGGACCGUGACUUCUGGCUGUUUGCCUGGAAUCCCUUCGACUGGACUUGCCGGGACAAGGUCAACACCAUUGGGGGAUCGCGGGUCAAUAAUGACCGGCGCAUGGACAUCUUCCGGGAACCGGGCGACGUGGCCUGGCGCCACUACACCGUAUCCGGCAAGCCCUGCCGCCGGAGCAGCCCCUGCGAGAAGAAUCUGGUAACGGGAUUCUAUUCUUGCGAGACGGAUGCAGCCGAGGUGGGAUCCUGGGACUACUGCUGCAAGGCGGACCAUCCCUGCGGCUACAGUCGGGGCUUUGAUUAUCCAUGGUGCUUUGUUGGCGAUGAGCCCGAUCAGUGGCGCAAGUGCAGCGAUCGUUACUUCCCCGGGAAGAAUAGCACUCAGCCCGGAUCCGUCCACAGCGUAACCCACUCCCAUUUGUCCCAGCCCAGUAGCAAGGAGAAACAGAAGCAUCCACAGCAAGCAGCGGCGGCCAGUAGUGAGUACAGCCAACAUCCUCCGAGGCCCGGAGGACUCCAGAGCCUCAGCGACUUUGCCGCCGCCCGCCUGUGGCCCGUGACCUAUCUGUACAGUGAGGGCCCGCCCAAUGCCACCGAGUUCAGCAACUUUGUCGACUGCAACAAGGAGUCGUGCUAGUAGUACGCUAAUAUCUUUAGAUCCGUAGACCUUUAAGAAUUACGUAUAUAAUAUAAAUAUGUACAAUAGAAUCGACGAACCCCGAAAAAAAUCCCAAGCAGAUGUACUCGAGCCGCAUUGUUUUGUGAUCAUCAUUGAGAUUGGAUAAACCAUUGUCAUCAUUGAAUCAAGCAAACCCAAUUAACUUAUUAACUUAACUCCCCCGAAUGCCGACUGCAUGGAUCUUAA